UAUUUUUAAGCUCCGUUCACAACCUGCCCGAAACCACCGACCUGUGAAAUUCGCAACUUUAAAAACAAACCCUUCUGAACGCGGCCCAGCUGAUCGCUGUGUCAUAUCGGGCGAAGUGUAUGUGAGUGUAUAUUUUGUACCCGAAUUACAGUGUACGUGUGAUGGAAUUACGGUAAUAACAGCGGUGGAUAUCUAAGGAAAGCGAGCAGAUGUACACGUAAAUGCAAGCCCACACCUACUCAAAAUGUCAAGUGAAGAUUUAACAAGCGUCUUGCUAGAAACACCUUCAACGUCAUUUUUACCCCAUACACGAAAUAAUGCCAGGCCAAGAAACUGCCAUCCUACUUCAGGGUGUGUCCGGGCCUUAUUAACUGAAAGAAAUCGUACCUUUUGUAUUAGCAUUCUCAUCUUACUGCUGACAACUUUCUCCUUAAUUCUUCUUUCAAACUUUGUGCCCUUUAUGCAUAAUUCCUUGAAUGGCCUGCAUGUUAAUAAUGAAGUUCCAGUCGUUUUAGGAAGGCAUCACAGAAAACGAGAUAUACAACUUGACCCAGAGAACGUGAUUCUUCAAGAAACCAGUGGAGAUGCCAUAUUGGAAACUUUAAGGUACCUCACAUCAGAACCUCACACUGCUGGCACAGAAGCAGACACCAGGCAAGCAAAGUGGGUUGCUCAAGUUUGGACAGAUCAAGGACUGGAUACAGUUAACCUAAUUCCUUACACUGUUCUCCUGUCAUACCCAGACAGGAAGAAGAAUAACACUGUGAAGAUCAUUGAUGACCAAGGGAUGGUACGCUGGACGUCUCAUUGUCAUCAGACGCCUUUAGGGCCAGGAGAAGAUCAUCCAGAUGUCUUUCAAAACUUUAAUGCGUACUCUGCUCCUGGGGAAGUUGUGGCUGACAUUGUAUAUGCUUAUUUUGGGCGAGAAGAAGACUAUGAUUACCUUCAGAGCCAGAAUGUGUCUGUAAAUGGGAGCAUUGUUCUCACUAGAUAUGGUGACAUCUUCAGAGCAAAUCAAGUGUUGAAUGCAGAGGUUAGAGGCGCUGCAGGAGUGUUGCUAUACUCUGAUCCAGCCAACGUAUGUCCAGAUGGAUGUACUCCAAAUGUUACCUACCCAAAUACUGUAUAUGACCCCAUGGAAGCUGUCCAGCUAGGCACAACUUACUUAAAUAAUGGCGAUCCAUUGACUCCGUUCUACCCUUCUAUUGAGAGUGCUUUCAGAAUUCCUGAAGAAGAAGCAGCUAUUCCAAAGAUUCCAGUCCAGCCAAUUAGUUAUACUGAUGCUCUUCAAAUUUUCAAACACUUGGGAGGAGAAAAGGCUCCUGAUGAAUGGCAAGGUGGAUUAGACAUUGAAUAUCGUCUUGGUCCUGGCUUACGAAAUCCAUCGUGGACUACACAGCUAUCAGUGCACACAAGUUCUGCUAAUGCCAGUAUUUUCAAUGUUAUUGGGACAAUUACAGGAGUAGAGGAGCCAGACCGAUAUGUUAUUCUCGGAAACCAUCGAGAUGCAUGGAUAUUUGGUGGUGUAGAUCCAAGCUCUGCUACUGCUGCACUUCUUGAAGUAACCAGGCUUUUCUCCCAGCUUGUCCAAAGAGGCUGGCGACCCCGAAGAACCUUGAUCUUUUGUAGUUGGGGUGCUGAAGAAUAUGGCUUAGUUGGGUCUACUGAGUGGACUGAACAGUUUUCAACCCAUCUCCAACAUAGGGCUGUUGCUUAUCUCAAUGUCGACAUGGUGUUUGAAGGAACUUACAGCUUCAAGUCAAUGGCAUCCCCUCUACUGUAUGGAUCAAUUAUACGAGCAACCCAAAAAGUUCCCAAUCCAGAUGAUGAUGAAGUUCUCUCUGGAAGGCCAUAUCUCUUUGAUACAUGGGUGGUCAAGGAUCCUGACCCUGUACAUGAGGGAAGACCGAAGUUUUUCGGCCUUGGAAGUGGAAGUGAUUUUACCACAUUUCAACAUGUCCUUGGCAUCCCAUGUUCAGAUAUGAUGUAUUCAACUGAGCCAGAUGCCCUAGCUCUUCCCCUGUAUCACACACUGUAUGAGACGCUUCACUUAGCAGUUGAUCUGUAUGAUCCUGUGAUUCACUUUCAAGUAGCUCUGACGCAGGCAUGGGCACUAGUAGCCCUGGACUUAGCUCAGGAGCCGGUAAUACCUUUCUCAGUAGAUCUUUAUGGAGAGUUUGUAAAAGAAGCCUUUUUGUCUAUUAAAAAAGAGUAUGGUUCAGUCUUCAGCAAAGAAGGAGUAAAAUUAGAUUACUUUGAGAAAGCUGUGGAGGAAUUCUUCCAGGCCACGCAGAACUGGACCUUAGAAGCAGGAGCUAUUGACCCAAAUAAUCCUUUAGCACUUCGGGCUUUCAAUGAUGCACAAAUGCUGGUUGAUCGCUCCUUCAUUGAUCCCCGAGGUCUCCCAGGAAGGCCUGAAUACAACCAUGUAGUAACUGCCCCUAGUAGCACCAAUACAUACAAUGCUGAUAGCUUUGCUGGGUUGCAAGAUUUGCUGCACAAUAUCGAGGACUUGCCAGAUGAAGAGAGGGAGAAGAGAUGGAGAGCAGUCAAAGAGCACUUGGCUGUCAUCACCCACUUAACACAAGCAGCAGCUAAUGCUUUAUCCUGGGAUCUUUGGUGAUGAGUUUUGCACGUGAUUAUUCUAACUUAGUGUUGGAGGUAGUUUAUUGGCUUUUUUCCAGCAACAUUGGCAAUGAUAUCUAACCUACGACUCAAAUUUUUCUUUUCAAGUCUGACAAUAAUUCUAUGAUAUUCUUAGAUUCCUAAAUUUUAACUGAUUUUCAUGUUUUCUUAAGAUUAUGUAUGUACAUGUAUUGUUUCUGGACAUGGUAAUGAUACUGAAUACAGUAUACACAUACUGUGAGGUGAAUCUUAAGCUAGUCAGUAGUGCAACUAAUGAAGUGUUCAACUACCAGCAAUUACCUUAUUUCCCAACAUCGAAGAUGCUGUUUUUCUCCCAAAAUGUCUCAAAAAUUUACUGUGCAGAGGAAAGUUAUUUUUGCUAGAGUAAUCAGAACUCUUGGGUAAAACAGUAAACAAACCACUAAAAAUAAAAAUAAAACAUGCAGUCACAAAGAUUGAUUUCCUUAUCCACAGAUGAGAAGAAGCUGAAAAGUAUAUCAGUACAAUAUUGCCAGUAAUUUUGCUCUUCUCAGAUGACCAUGACUUCAAGGGAACCUUAUUUAACUGACAAAAGUAAAAUUGCUGUAUGUCAAAAGGGUUUAUGUACUACCAAUAAAUUGUACUCUAGCAAGAAUACCAUAACCAAAGUGGAAAUUUGGUAGUAUGUUGCCUCUUACGAUACUUAAUUGAGAAGUGUAUCCAUGAUUUUUUUUAUGCUUGAUAACAGAGUGCAAAAUAUUUUCAGGGGUUAAGGAUUGAAAUGUUUUUCCUUAUUUGUAAUAUCAGUAUUAUGUUGAUGUUAAUUUUAAUUAUGUGUAUUUUUUAUUUGUUUUGUUUAGAAUUAUUAUGUUGUACGGGUAAGCAAGUGUUACUGCGCAAUGAGAGGUUAUUCUGUAUUUCUAGUAUUUCCA